CUUUGCUUUUGCAAAUGCUACUGCUUGUGUCUUCUUUGUGCUGUCCUUGCCCCUUAACCGGGCUAAUUACUAUUACUUGUUCCUUCAUGAUUUGUUAAAGGCUUCAGCACCAAAAGUGAACCUUGCACUUACAACACCGGAAAUAUAUGUAAACCAACAUUGGCAAAUGCCUUCUUUAGCACCAUUUGCACGCUUUCUUGGUGCUCUCACAUCAGUAUUUUCCUUUGUUAUCAGUCAUGACUACUCAGACAAGCUCGAUGGGGAUUAUGGUUUGCUUAAUAACAACGCUUUAUGAGAUUAAGCGUGUGAGUGAGAGUGAACCAUCCUUGAGGAGACAACUUCUUAUCUCAAGAUUCUCAACUGUCUUGAUGACUGCUGGCAUCGCCAUGGCACCUUUUCUUCUGUGUGCAAUUGGCUUGUGGGCUGGACUUGUUAUUGGAUACACUAGAGAGUAUUAUACUAGCAAUGCUUACAGUCCAGUGAAGGAAGUGGCAGAUUUUUGUAGGAUCGGUGCUGCAAUAAAUGAUUGGCUCUGGGAUACAAAUCUGUCAUCAUUCCCAUAUUUGCCAUUGCCAUUUAUGUGAGCUUUAGCAUAGCUGCUAUUUAUGAAAUUUCUUAUUUCUGUGUCUGCUUUGGGAAUGCUCAUCACUAUUGUCUACUGCCACUGGUCUUGCAAUUGAUGCUUAUGGCCGCAUAAGUAACAAUGCUGGUGGAAUUGUAGGAAUAGCUGGUAUGAGCCAUGAAAUUCUUCAAAGAACAGAUUCCUUAGAUGCUGCCAGAAACAUUACUGCUGCCAUUGGCAAGGUGAUCAUCUUCACUUUCUGAUUAAGACUUCGAGCAAAUUCUUUUGAGGUCAUCAUGACCUUGCGGAUUAGAAGAACUUGACUUUAGCUGCAACGAAGGGGUAACUUCAAUCCCUAUUAUACCAAGUACAUACUAAUUUGGACAAACUGUUUGUCAACUUCUAAAAUUCCAAUUGAAUAUGACUUAAUGGAUUGCUAAAAUAAAAGGAAUAUGACUAACGGCAAUGGAAAAGUUGUUGAAUAAAAUAACCCCUGGCGAUGAGAACUUCAUAAAAUCUAUCACAGCAUGAGCAUUACAA